CUCACCAUGUGAUUGCCGCGGGCCGCGACCGACCGCUCACGUGGCCAACACGCGCCAACCUACGAAUUUCGAAUUUUUAAACCACCAUUUUCGAAUUCGAAUAUUUUUUUUGUUCAAAUUACUUUUCUGACAGUGAUCGUGUUUUGAUAUUUUUUAAUCGAGUGUUUUUUUUUCUUUAUGAGUGUAUUUGAUAUUUUUAUUAUUUGUUUCAAUUUAACGAAAAGUGCGACUUUGUGAAUUAAGAUUUUAUUUCUUUUUUUUAUUUUAAAUUGAUAAAGUUAUUAACUGCAGUAAAAUUGAGUAUACCAAUCCGGAGGUAAUCACAUAUUGGUCAGGCAAUUUCCUAUACCAUCAAUAAUAACGGGGCAAGUAAACAAUAACAUUAUUUGAUGUUAGAUAGAGACAAACGUGUACAGAAGAGCGAGACAAAAGAAUAUCAUCGAUCUAAGAAAAUAGAAUUCUCAUACGAAAUGUAAUGGAGGUACAAUAAUCGUGUAAAAGUUCACGAUAGUUGCCCAACGUGAGGCGGUAACAAAACGAUAACGCCAGCCUAUAUAGGUCUUGAACAAAUCGAUUUUUGUAUACUUACAGUACUGAAAUUAGAGGUUCGUAUAAUCUGGUCGGUUAUAGCGGUCAUCUUGGUCGGUAGAUAAUGAUCCGUCGAUGAUUUACGCCGCGUUAAACCGACAAUGGCACGAGAUAACCCCGGGCAGUGCACAAUGUGACCAAUUAGCAAACUAGGAACGCUUGCCACAAUGACUAAAAUGAAUGGGAUCAACUUGGCAGAGAUGACGGAACGAGACCUUACCGUCGAAGACAUAUUUAACGAGAACUUCAAUUUGAAACGAAAGAAACCUCAAUACGAUUACGAAGACGCUAAAAAAUCAAACUUAGUUGAAGAAUCUGAUCCUUUAAAAUACCGCAAUAACAAUAACGUAAUCGAUAAAGAUGAAUCGCCUCAGAAGAAGAGGAAAUCGAGAAGUUUUGGUGACAAUUACGAUAUCGAUAAGAUUGUGGAAUCGAAUAUGAUAAUCGAUAAGGAAUCGAGUAAAGUGAGACUGGAGAUGAGGGAGUGUGGAGAUAGUUUGGAGUAUAAGACGAAUGGACAUGAUAUUGGAGUUACAGAGGAAGGUGACUAUGGAUUGAAAGAUGGUAAUGGUGUUAGGAUCAAUAAUGAAGAUAAGAUUAUGGAUAACGACGAAGAUUAUCGCCUGAAUGGACAUGAAGAACAUGCAAAUGAUGAGCGGCUGGGCAGCGGCGGGCUGGGUCUGGGCGGCGGCGGGUUCCGCGGCGGCGCACAGCCCUCCCUCGCAGACUUCCAGCCGCCGUACUUCCCCCCGCCCUUCGCCCCCGCACCACACCCCGCCAGCCCUCAUCAUCAACAACAGCAGAGCCAUGGCAUGGAGUACGGCGGCGGCGGCGGCGGCACGGCGGAGUACGCGCAGCACUACGCGCCGCAGCAGCUGCUCCCGCGCCACCACGCGCACCACGAGCCGCACGCGCACCUCCGCCACCACAGGGACCACCAUGAUAUACAUGCGCACCAUUUAUCACACGGAGGAUUUAGUUAUGGUGGCGGCGAGAGGCGAGCAGACUAUGGUGCUCGGGAACAACAUGAGUUGGCCCUACACCAUGCGCUACACUCCACGGAAGAAACGCCGAACGCUGGUAUGGACGACACCACGGGAUUCAUGACGGAUCUUCCUUUAUUAAAAACAAUGAAAGGUCGUGACGGGCUCGGCGGAACAGGUUCCUGUGCACCGAACGACGUGUUCUGCUCAGUCCCUGGUCGACUGUCACUACUGUCAUCCACCAGCAAGUACAAAGUGACUGUAGCCGAGGUGCAGAGAAGGUUAUCGCCUCCUGAAUGCCUCAACGCUUCUCUUUUAGGUGGAGUUUUAAGGAGAGCAAAGAGCAAAAAUGGCGGGAGAUUGCUGCGUGAGAAAUUGGAAAAGAUCGGCCUGAACUUACCAGCGGGGCGGCGGAAAGCUGCCAACGUCACACUCCUUACGUCCUUAGUUGAAGCGGAAGCAGUGCACUUAGCCCGCGACUUCGGCUACGUGUGUGAGACGGAGUUCCCAGCGCGUGCACUCGCCGAGUACCUCGCGCGGCAGUACGCGGAGCACGACUCGAGGCGUAGAAGGGACCUGCUACAGGCGACUAAACAGGUUAUAAAGGAGCUGAUGGACUUGUUGAAUCAGGACCGAUCACCACUCUGCAAUACCAGGCCACCACACUUACUAGAGCCGGCAAUACAGCGUCAUCUAACACAUUUCUCACUCAUCUCACACGGGUUUGGAGGUCCAGCUAUAGUGGCCGCGCUCACAGCUAUACAGAACUUCCUCAACGAAUCUCUCAAGCAUUUAGACAAGUUAUAUCCUCAAAGCGGCAUGGUGUCAUCGUCGAUGGAUAAAACAAAAAUGGACCCUGACAUCAAGAAGUAACAAAUGCGUUACAGCAAUGACGACGGUCUCAUUAAAAAAACUCGCGACGAGAACAAACCUCUCGCGUACUGUUCAAGUAACAGACGAAAAAUGAAUCUAAACAUAAAAGUACUGAAUUUGACUCUUGCCUUCAAAUCAGCGCUGUCAUCGAUUGUCAAAGUCAUUAUGUAUGCACUCUAAGGCAGAGACGUGCCAAUCAUACAGCCAAGGCAUAAUGAUUUUAUCUCUAACUGCCAUAAAAUGUUCGCGCAGAACAUCUUUGGAGAUUGCGUAUUUAUUUUUAUGACGAUCUUCGUUAGAGGCGACCCGCAUACAAAUAAAGUGCAAUUAUAAUACUCAUGAUUGUGAGAAUCUGUACAUAUAGCCUAGAAUUAAAACUAGUGUUUAAUUUAAGCAUUUAUAGCGAAUAAUUUUCAGCUCAACCAACAGUGAUUUUUGUAACUGCAAAAGAAUAUUUUUAAUAAGAAAAUAAAUAUUUCACAUCCACCGCAAUAAAGACACAUAUCAAUAAUGUAAAUAGUAAUAAUUAUAGAACGAAAGUUUUAUCGUUUCUCACAAAAGUUUCAUACUGUUUUAGAUUAAAAAGAAAAUAAUAAAAACCUCUUUAGUUUUUAAUUAGGGUAUAGUUUUGCUAGCGACUCAAUGUGAAAGUGUGCCAAUUAGUUUUAAUUAAGGAAACACCAUAACGGGUUCCCGGAAAUUAAGUAUUUAAUUAAUAUUUAUUGUGGCUUGUACAUAAUACUUAUAAAAAUUACUAUUCACUUGCCUAUAAUUAGUUUUUUUUCUAAAAUUAUUCUAGUAUUCGACAUCUGUCUCUUACUCCAAUUAAUUGUAUUUAGUAUCUAAAGUUAAUUUUAUUGCGUGAUAUUGUAAGUGUGAUCCUUCAUUCAAUUUUGUUUAUAUUAAAAUGGAGGUGGUCUAAACAGAAAAAGCUUUGAAAUACCACGUACAUGCAGCCAAUUUCGAUGCACAUUCAAUUUCGAUCCAAAUCCAUCGGUGAUUUGCUUAUUCGACGUAAAAUUUUAAAACAUUUAUAUUGAACUUAUGUCAAAAUUCUAUUUCUGUUUGCGGAAAUCUAUCGACAGACAUUGAAACUGGCUGCAAGACCACCUCCACAUUUUGUUUAUCAAUCGACAAACAACAAUUUGUACACAUCAGAUUAAUUAUCCUGUCAUACGAAAAAUAUAUCAUUUCUUUGUAAAUAAUGUGUUUAAUAAAUCCAUUUUCCCUUCAGUUUUAUUGCUAAGGAUUCAGACUCACCGAAACAAGAACCAAAAAGGUUUGAAACAAAAACAUUUCCGUCUCUGUCGCACGGUGUCUCUGUCUAUUUAGCACUUCAUUCUUUUAAUCAUCUGUGCUGUGUUGUAAAGAGCUGUUUAAAAAAGUUUGAAAUUCAAACAUAUGAAUUCCAUAGUAAAUUAUUUUUGUAAAAAGAAUACUACUACUAUAUUUUUUUACGCGAAAUUGAAUUAUUUGAAAUUAAAUCGCUGACAGAGUAAAUAAACCUAAGAUAAUUUUAAUUCUGACCAUUUUAUUGACACUGAAAUUAAAUGCCAUUUUACAAAUAUUAGGCAAAUUAUUAAAACUGAUACAAAUUUAAACAACAGAUUCUUAAAAUGUGUCAAUAAAUGUGUGCCUCUGUCCCAGUUGUCUGUUCCAUCUUUGCUUCAAUACUUUCAACGUUAUGUGGUAGUGAUAGGGAUCAUUAUUCUAUGUCAAAUAAGAACAUUCUUAAGCCUUUUUGUAAAGAACUGAAAAUUUUAUUCAAUCUUAUCAAUUAAAAUUAAUGGUACUCUGCACUUUAUGGUAAGUUUUUAAUAUUGUCUUAAUUUGAUAU